AUGGCCUUGUCCACUGGGCAUGUUGCCAGCCAGCUAAGGCACCUCAUCUAUUACCAACUCGACAAUAACCUAAUUCGCAAUGCGCUCUUCCUCGCUUCGCGCCUCCACGCCUAUGAACCACGAUCAUUUGAGGCCCAGUUUUUGCUCGCCCUUUGCCAUCUACACAAUGGAGAAGUGAAGGCGGCGUUCGAAUGCAGCCAGACUUCGGGCUCGCGCGGUCUACAUGCUGGUUGUGCAUAUGUCUUUGCUCAGACCUGCUUGGACUUGGGGAAAUACUUGGAUGGUGUUACGGCUUUGGAGCGCAGCAAACCCCUCUGGGUCUCCAAGAACCACUGGAACAAGCAUAGUGAAACUCAGCGACAGCACCUACCUGAUGCCGCAGCUGUUUAUUCUCUGCAGGGAAAGCUUUGGCACGCACACAAAGAUUUGACCAAAGCAGUUGACUGCUACGUGGAGGCACUGAAACUGAACCCCUUCAUGUGGGAUGCAUUCCUGGGGCUUUGCGAAACAGGUGUUAAUAUUCGAGUCCCGAAUAUCUUCCAGCUCAGCCCAGAACUUCUUGCAAUAAUAUCUUCAUCGCCAGAGGAAAUAGCUACUGCGCCAGACAACGUGGCUUACGAAGAAGGGAAAUUCCCCGCGCAGCCUCCUGGUAACCCCGAAUCCGACCCUUUUAUGGUCUCUGCCUCCCGUGGCGAGACUGACACCACAUUUGGGAGCUCUGCUCUUUGGGAAAAGUUGAAUGGGAGCUCUGUCAAUUUCGCUGCUAUGGCACAGCCGGUUUUCCACGACGGAAUGGAGACCCCAGGCGCACAGAGUAGUGGCUCUGAUGACUUCCGCAUUGCGAAUGGCGUCACUGACCCAGAAGCUGGAUGGGAAGCACCCUUGGCCCCUGCUCGAAAGACGCGGACAAUCCAAACUAUGAGCCUUGACCAUACCGGGCAACCUCCGCCGCGAAUGCGUCCAACAGGCAUCAGACCUCGACACAAAACACGAACCGAACCAGAGACUCAACCGACUGCUCCGGUAGAAAGAGACCCCUCUCUUAUAUCGAGAUUCGGCGACCGCAAGCGCACAGUCUCUGGACAAGUCGCCCACCCCCUUCCUUCGUCACAACCGACUGAACCAGGUGCUCCCCAGCGCCGAAGUGUUCGCCUCUUCAACCAGAUCAAACCUACAACCAGCAAGCUUUCAAACAGUACGCUUACUGGCAGAGAUGGCCGCGAGAUGAAGAAAUUAAGAGGAGGGCCUACAAAAGGACGGGUAGGAGGCGUACCUACUGUCGGCCGUGUCGUGAGUGGCAAUCGAAAACCCAUGGAGACACCCGACAAUGAUGGUAAAGAUAAUCGGACUGGCUUGUCGCAAUCCCAUCCUACUGUCCCACCAUUACCCAAAAAUGCUGAAAAAACCAAAGAGCUCGAAGCCUUGGAUUGGCUUUUGGGUCUUUUCAAUAAACUUGCAUCUGGAUAUUUCUCAUUGAGCCGCUACAAGUGCGCGGACGCCAUCAGCUCUUUCAAUUCUCUCUCCCAAGGGCAGCGUGAAACCCCUUGGGUUUUGUCUCAACUUGGACGGACCUAUUUCGAACAAGCAAGCUACACAGAAGCCGCCAAGUACUUUUCCAGGGUUCAAAAAUUAGCGCCCUCUCGCAUCGAGGAUAUGGAGAUCUACUCGACUGUCUUAUGGCAUCUAAAAAGUGAUGUAGAACUGGCUUACUUGGCCCACCAGCUACUCGAAGCUGAUCGCCUUUCCCCCAGGCGUGGUGUGCUAUUGGUAACUCUUUCUCUCACCAACGGGAUCACGAUCAAGCACUCAAAUGCUUCAAGCGGACAUGAAUAUGUCGCCAACGAAGAAUACGACAAGGCGUUGGAGGCCUAUCGCCACGGCAUCAAUGCGGACAAUCGACAUUACAAUGCUUGGUACGGACUGGGAACGGUGUAUGACAAGAUGGGCAAGCUCGACUUCGCUGAGCAACAUUUCCGCAAUGCAGCCAGCAUCAACCCGACGAACGCGGUGCUCAUUUGCUGCAUUGGUCUGGUAUUGGAGAAAAUGAACAAUCCCCAAGAUGCCCUGGUUCACUACGGCCGAGCCUCCUCACUAGCCCCCAACUCGGUAUUAGCCAAGUUCCGCAAGGCGCGCGUACUGAUGAAGCUGCGCGAAUACAAAUUUGCUUUGGCAGAAUUGAAGGUCCUGAAGGACAUGGCGCCGGAUGAGGCAAACGUGCACUACCUUCUUGGAAAGCUGUACAAAAUGCUCCACGACAAGGCCAAUGCUAUCAAGCAUUUCACGGCGGCCUUGAACUUGGACCCAAAGGCUGCACAAUACAUCAAGGACGCAAUGGAGUCGUUGGACGACGACGAUAUGGAGGAUGAGGACAUAGCUCGUGGGCUGGGUGUUGCCCAUAUACCAGUGAACAAACUCUUCUUGACUCGCACAACAACCGUCAUCAUGUCUUUCGGCUCUUAUAUUGUUUCAGGCGUUAGCUCUUUCGUGGUGCUGACCAUCUCCCUCUUUGCACUCGGUCAAAAAGUGCCUCGCGCCGCUUUCGCUGCCCGGUGUCUCGCCUCAUAUGGCUGUCUCCUCCUUAGUGCCGCGUACGGUGUGCUCGUCUCAAUCUGUCUGCGGCUAGUUGGAUACGGCCGCGUUUCACAGUGGGCCGCAGGCCGCAGCUUUAAGUGGCUGAUGCGGUUCACAACCGGCGUAAAGUUCGAGGUUAUUGAAGGCGAAGAAUAUCUCUCCACACGCCCGGCCGUCUUCAUUGGUAACCACCAGACUGAGCUCGACGUGUUGAUGCUUGGCAGUGUCUUCCCGCCAUACUGCAGUGUGACUGCUAAGAAGUCACUGCGGAAUAUUCCUUUCCUGGGCUGGUUCAUGUCUCUGUCCCGGACUGUGUUUAUUGACCGUGCCAACCGCGAGACAGCCCUCAAGGCUUUCGAUGGUGCCGCCGCCGAGAUGCGCGAUCACCGCCAGAGCGUUUUCAUUUUCGCUGAGGGCACCCGGAGUUACUCCGACGAGCCUACCCUACUGCCCUUCAAGAAGGGUGCUUUCCAUCUUGCUGUCAAGGCCGGUGUGCCGAUCGUGCCGAUUGUGACGGAGAACUAUUCGCACGUUCUGUCGCCUCGUGCUUGGCGAUUCAACGCUGGGACUAUCAAAAUCAAAGUUUUGCCUCCCAUCCUAACUGAGGAUUUGACAUCGGGCGAUGUGGAUAGCUUGACCCAGUCGACGCGGGAUUCGAUGCUCAAAACUCUUACAGCAAUGUCCCAUGCGCAGAAGAAGGAGGUCGAUCCUGCUCGCACCAACGGCGUCUCCAGCGCCAUCGAAAUCUAA